AUGGACCAAGGACCUUCAACUAGUAGUGCAGGCCAAGAUUUUGGAGGUUUUGUAAAUGAACCCGUGAACGACCAUGCAGCUAGACUGCUGUGCAUAGUGGACGAUAUGUGCACUAGUGAUAUUUUGGAUCGGCAUUUGGGUUUUGUCACUCACAAAACCCAAGAAGAACCCCUCGCCGCGUUUUCAAAAGAGGACCUGGCCUAUUUGAAGCAACAAAGGACGAUGUACAUUGAUGCGUGCGCUCCGUCCUCUCGUUUUACCAUCGAACGGUGUGCGAUGUUCGAGGAGGACGGAGGUGUUGGGGCGAAGGUAAUGGCCGCCAAGGAUUUGAAGAGUGGCACGGUGAUCCAGGAACUGUGUGGUAGGCUGGUGACGGUCAGGGAAUCAUUUCUAAAGCCAGGGCGAAAUGAUUUUUCUGUAGUCUACAGCAACUUCCGUAAGAAGUCACAGUUAUGGUUGGGUCCCGCGGCUUACGCCAACCAUGACUGUGAAAGCAAUUGUGAUAUUUUUUUUCUGCGGAGCGGUGUGGCGUGCCUUCGCACCAACAGGCCUGUUCGCGUCGGUGAGGAAGUCACGGCUUUCUAUGGCGAACAUUAUUUUGGGGCAAAUAAUGCGCAUUGCCUUUGCGCAACUUGCAAGGAAAAAGUGGAAGGUGCGUAUGCUAAUACGGAACCUCCACCGAAAGCAACACCGUUGCUGCAUUGCGCGCAUUGUCCUGCAAAGUUUCUGUUUAAAUCGUGGUUGGUGCGGCAUCUUUCGAGGCACGUGGACAUGUGUAAGUUUUCAUGUGGGGUAUGCGGUGAGUCCUUCAGCAGGAAAUCGUCGUUGAAUAGGCACGCCGUAGGCCACGAUUCCUCCAUGACAAAAUUCCCAUGUACACUAUGCCCAAAGUCCUUCACACGGAAAGAAGAUGCCGCUCGCCACUUAAACAGCGUCCACCUUAAAUUGUCAACUCACCAUUGCAUGGAUUGUGAGUUGACAUUUAAGUCCAACAAGGAGAUGCAGUAUCACCACAACCGUUGCCACACUGGUUUAAAACCAUUUGCCUGUGAUCAGUGUGAUGCGUCCUUUCAUGCGCCAAAUGCUUUGCAUAACCACCGGAAAAGGCGGCAUUAG